AUGAUCUACAUUUCAAAAGGAUUCAAACCGCUAGUAGCCCUAGCUCCCAACUCCCCUAAUGAUCCAGAUAUUCAAAUCAUUAAUAUCACUCAAGGAAAACAUACAAUACAACUCAUCAAUAUCUACAAUGAAGCGGACCAAGCCAAAGAAAAAGGCCACACCAUCGAAAGAUGCCUUUACAAUACCCCUCUUACUCAUCACACCAUCCUCGUAGGAGAUUUCAACUCCCAUCACCCUUGGUGGGACCCCUUCUCUAACAAAAGCUCAAAUGCCGACCUACUCACCGAAUGGUUUGAGGAUCACAAUCUCAUUCUAUUUAACGAACCAGGCACAAGCACCUUUUAUCGAACAAAUAUGACAAAUCCAAGUGUCUUAGACCUUACUUUAGCCACAGAUUCAGUAUCUCCCUAUAUCACUGAUUGGCAAGUCCUCCCGGAUCUUGGAUCAGAUCACUUAAGCAUUCUCUUUGAAGUAAAGGGCACUUUAUCCCGUACAACGAAUAUAGCUCAGCCAGCAAGAUUCAAUACAAAACUUGCGGAUUGGGAAAAAUUCGCGAAUACCCUCAAAUCGAAAAUAUCGAUAUCAACUACCUUAAAUUCGAGUGAAUACCUUAAUAUCGCUACCUCAGAAUCCAACUCUCUUGAUUCCCUUCUCGACAAGAGCCAAUACAUACAAGUAUUGGAUGAAGCUGCAAAAGAAUUCACCCGAAUAAUCACUUAUUCGGCUGAAACCAGUAUACCGAGAAUCAAGUCCACAAAAAGAGCUAAACCCUGGUGGUCCCCAGAGCUGAAAGCCCUUCGAAAACGACUCUCUAAUGCAUUUGAGAACGCCAAACUUUACCCGGAAGACAAUAUGUUCAAGAAAAUCUAUCAGUCAGCCAGGAAUCAUUACUUCCAAGCUAUUAAAACAGCAAAGAAAAACCAUUGGAAUGAGUUCCUUGAAAAAGAGGAUACCCAAUCCAUAUUCAAGGCAAUGUCAUACACAAAAGAUAUACAAACCGAACGAAUCCCGAAUAUUCGAUCCAAUCCCUCUAAACUAGAAAAUUCUUUCGAGGGAAAAUGCUCUGCAUUUAGAUCGACCCUAUUUCCUCCUCCUCCAUUCACCCCACCGCCCAAUUGGGAAAGCUAUAAACAAUCUAAGAAAUGGGAAUGGCCUGAUCUUACAGAGAGCGAACUCCUAAACGCGUGCUCUGCAAAAAUCAAAGGAAAGACCCCUGGCCCCGAUGGGAUCACUCAAGAUAUCAUUAUUCAAGCGUACAAAGCAAUACCAAAAGCAUUCUUCACCCUCUUCAGUCAUCUUAUCAACCUUGGUUACCAUCCUUCUUGCUGGAAACAAGCCACUGGAGCGAUUCUCAAGAAACCUUCAAAACCAGACUACUCGGCCCCAAAAGCUUAUAGAGUUAUCGCCCUGCUAAAUUGCCUUGGCAAGAUAAGUGAAAGAAUUCUGGCUCAAAGGCUUAGCUACUUAGCGGAGACUACGCAAUUACUUCAUUACUCUCAAAUGGGUGGAAGACAAAAGAAAUCAGCCAUCGAUACAGCAAUCUUACUCACUACCGAAAUCGAAAGAAAUUCAAGAUCCAAGAAGAAAACCUCAACUCUCUUCCUGGAUGUUAAAGGCGCCUUUGAUCAUGUAUCUAUGAACAAAUUAUUAGAUAUCUGCAAGAAUCUAAACCUCCCAACCAGCCUAAUCGCCUGGAUCUCAUCUUUUUUGAAGGAAAGGCUACUCAAGCUCUCAUUCGAUGGCCAAAUUGAAACCUUCAAACCGAUCAAUACCGGGAUCCCCCAAGGUAGCCCUAUUUCGCCAAUCCUCUUCUUAAUUUAUAUUCGAGAUCUAUUCUCAGCAAAUUCGAUCAAAUAUCUCUCAUAUAUAGAUGAUAUAGCUUUAACAACAUUUUCAACAUCCUGGAAAAAGAACAUCAUCUCCCUCGAAAGAGCAACUAAACAGAUAUAUGCUCUGGGCAAAGAAAAUGCUAUUCAAUUUGAUCUAGCGAAGACGGAACUAAUACACUUCUCUACAUCCAAAGAUACGAAGACAGCCUCAAUCAAGCUUCCGAACGAGGAGAUAAUUCAACCCUCAACACUAGUCAGAUGGCUAGGCAUAUGGUUCGACCCUGGCCUCAGUUUCAAACAACAUGUCACAAUCCGAGCUACCCAGGCUAAAACCUCAUUCUACCGAAUGGCUAGACUUGCUAAUUCUGAAAAAGGCCUUAGUCCCAAGGCAAUGAGACAGCUCUAUAUGGCAUGCGUCACCAGCAUAGCUGACUACGGUUCAAUUUUAUGGUGGAAAGGGCAAAACCAAUUCAAGAAAAUCCUUCAAUCCUUGCAAAACCUCGCCCUUCGAAAAAUCCUAGGAGUAUUCAAAACCUCACCAAUAAAACCAAUGGAAAUAGAAGCCGCAUUGUGCCCUCCAGAAGUACGGCUAAAUGCUGGAAUCAAACAAUACGCAUUUAGAUUAUUGAAAAUCUCGCCUUCUUAUCCUGUCAAUUUAGUAGCUACAAAGCUGGCUACAGAAAAGGAGAAUCAAGAUGUAGUUGCAACCCCUCAAAGAAAGCAAUUAAAACCUACUCAACUCGAAAAGAUCAAAAAUUCAAUUCAGAAAGACUUCGAUCCUCUCACUUUAGAAGGAAUCCAUCACUUCUACUUUCCUCCUUGGAAGAAAGAAGUUCCAUAUAAAGUCAAUAUCAGCAAAUUAGGAAAAGAAGAAGCUGCGAUGAUCCACAAUCUGGCUUUCAAAUAUAGGUGCAAAAAUACUAUUACAAUAUACACCGAUGCCUCAUCCACUUUAGAGGGAAUAGGGAUUGGGAUCGGGAUAGCGGUUAUCUUACCAAAUGGCCGAAUUUCACAUCAAGAGACUAUCAAUAUAGGUGUGAAUCAGCUUGUCUAUAAUGGGGAACUCCUAGGAGUUACUAAAGCGAUCGAAUACGCAAAUUCAAUAGCCCAACCAGGAAACAAGUUCAAGAUAUACUCAGAUAAUCAAGCAGGAUUAUUCCGGUUGAAAACCCCCUCCGAUUUACCUGGUCAAUCAUGCCAAAUCAAAGCUAUAAAAGCUGCGGAAGCUAUUCAAAAUAAAGGAGCCGAAAUCUCUCUCAAUUGGGUCCCUGGACAUACAUCUGUACAAGGAAAUGAGCUAGCUGAUUCUCUUGCAAAAGAGGCGACCAAAAUACCAUCUUCAUCUCACGAAACCAGUUAUGCCUCCAUUGGAAUGGAUAUAAAAAGAAUGAAAUCAGAGAACUGGAUAGCCAUCCUUAACACUAACAACUUUCAUCAACCAUCGUCAACAUAUUCAAGAAACUACCCCUGGAAGAUCAGCUCAAAAAUCAGAAUUCCAGGAAACAUCAAAAGAAGCACAAUCUGUGCUCUGUUCCAACUCAAAAUUGGACACGGAUAUUUCAAAUCUUAUUUGAAACGAUUCGGUAUCUCCUCUAAUGACAAUUGUAGAUGUGGGGGAAAGGAAUCUCCUGAUCAUCUUCUGCUCAGUUGUCCUUUAUAUAAAAUGGCAAGGAAAACCCUCAAUAAGGAUAACCCCAUAGUCCGACCUACCAUGAAAUAUCUGCUUCACACUAAAGCAGGAAUCAUCAAGACCCUCGAAUUUAUCGAGGCGACGAGAAUAGCCACCAGAUCAUGGCAUCUCAAUAGAAUGCAUGAAGAAGAAGAGGAAGAAGGCGGAGAAGAAGGGGGUGGACCGGAAGAUUGUGAUUGA